AUAUAGAACAGAUGGGCGGCCAAACUUGGCGUAGCGUGGCAUAAUGAUAACACGCUCGAAUAAUAAGGAUAGCGGGAGAGGAUACAGGGUUGGAUACGCACGCGUGCCUUCGCUGUUCGGGGCCUGUCUUCCGCUUCCACUCGAACGAGUGUGUACGUUCUGCUUCUAACUACGGACGUGGCUCAGUUUCAACUUGAACACCUUCGACGACGCUUCUCAUUUCGAACACGAAUACAUUUACCUAUUUCUUUUUAACACGAGACUUCUUAACGUUUCCUUUUUUUGUUUAAUUAAGAGUCAACAAACAAAACAUUGGUUCAACUUUAAGAGAACGCGCGAAAGAUCAUCGUUUUUAAACACAAUACCUUUCAAAAAUGUUUCGUGAUUUCUUCGUUCGAUGGCGGUAGUGUAUCCAACGUGCUCCCCCGCAAAACCCUGAACUUGCUUAUUCUCCAGUCAGAUUCGUUUAAGGACGCAACUCCAAGACGAGUGAAAAACGUGCUUGUAGAUUCAAAUUGACGUUCUUUUCUUUAUUUUUUUUCCCUCGUAUAUAUCAGUAUUAUCGUCUUAUUUAAUACUAUCUAUAUUAUUGUUUCACGACAAGUUGAAAGAAAGAAAUAAUUGUCGUUUGAUAAAUUGAUCGAAAUGAUUCGAUAACGAAAUACGUAGCUUUACACGAUGCAUAAUCGAUGAAGUCGAAGAGGCGCGCUUUCAUCGUUCGAAUGAAGAUGAAAUUCCCGCGCGUCGCUUCGACGAUCCGUCGCUUAACGAUCGUCCUCGCGAUUACGAUUGUCGUACGCGCACAACAACGAUUUAAGGAAGUUCCAGCGAUUUAUCAGGAAGUCUCGGCUGGUCACGAUGUGCAAUUACCUUGUAAAGUGCAAGAUAAAAAGGGACAAUGUAUUUGGCAAAAGGAUCGGAAACCUGUCGGAAUAUAUCCGGACAAAUACGAGUGGUUAAGUCUACGUAGUAACGAUUGCACUCUUCUUAUCAGAAGAGCAUCUCUCGAGUUCGACGAUGGAUUUUGGGAGUGUCAAGUAACUUCCGGUGAUUUUAUGAGACAAGAUGCCUUGACAUCAUUGCCGGCACGUCUACUCGUUCGAGUGAAACCGAGGAAACCGAGUUUAGAAUACGGGGGUACGAUUUUAAAUACCUCUCUAACGUUGAGAGAAGGACAGGAAGUAACGAUUUCCUGCGUGUCUAGGUAUGGAAAUCCAGUAGCCCUUAUAAAGUGGUUCAUAGGAGACGAGGAAGUCGAGCCACUGAGAGAACAAAUGAAUGCCACCGAGGUGGAUAAUCCUAAAACUUGGGCUGCCCACAGUCUUUUACGCAUUCGUGGCCGUCGAGAAUAUCACGGUCGAAUGAUUCGAUGCAUCACCAUUCAUCCAUCUAGUCCAGUACCAGCUACCACUGAGUCCCAGCUGAACAUUCAUUAUUCUCCAGAAGUGAGAUUUCAAACGAGUCCACGUUGGAUGACAAGCUCGCUUGAGGAUUCGAUAAGUUUUAUGAACUUGAAAUGCGUUGCGGAUGCCAAUCCAAGCGCGAUGAUCAAGUGGUUUAAAGAUUCGACUCCUAUAAGUAGCGAGAACGUUCUAUUGCUGACGGAGAACAGAACUGAGAGUAACAGCACCUCGACGGUGUCUGAAUUGAGAUUCGAGCCGGUUAAGAGGGACGAUGCCGGGCUCUACUCUUGCAAGGCGGUUAAUAUCAUCGGUGAAAGCCCACCGGCUAAUUAUGCACUUGAUGUUCAAUUCGCACCACGAGCAAAGAAAAUGGAAGAUUCUAACGAUAAUGAAACCCUGAUGGAAAUCGAAGAAACAGCACAGCUUGGCUCGAAUGUGGAGACGUUCGAAUGUCCGGAAUUCGAGGGCAAUCCAGUACCGCGCUAUAAGUGGUUACACUUGCGUGGUGGCACCACCGAGAAGACUAUUGAAAAUCCAACUCGUGCUAAGGACUCUGGGAAGCGUUUACGUCUGGAAAAUGUCAUGUGGUCGGACGAAGGGGAAUAUCGUUGUGUAGCAUUUAACAUGAUAAGUGGAACGAGAAGGGAAACACCUAGCGAAGUACGUUACGUGUUACACGUUACCGGACCUCCGGAGAUACAAGCCAGACCGUCUGGUUCCGGUGAAAAUGGGUCUUAUGAGUCGAUAGGAUGGGCCGGUGAACCCGUACAUCGACUAAAGUCUCGCUUUUGUUCACGACCACCACCUCGACUCGUUGCUUGGCAAUGGGGGAGUUCUCAUAUUAGAGCAGGUGAAAGCAUACAACCAAAAUACGAAGCGUUGCCGUUGGAGCCGAUAAUUGAGGAUAAAAUGGUGACGAAUUGUUAUUGGGCUAAAUUGGAGAUCAAGAAUCUACAAAAAGAAGACUCGCGCAUGUAUACUCUUCUGGUGGAGAGUGAGAAGGGUAGAGAUUCGACGAAUAUCAAAUUGAUCAUUCGCGAUCCGUCGGAAAUGAAAGUGAUCGCUGCCGCUUCGGCCAUUGGCUUGUUAUUUCUACUUCUUUUGAUAUCGAUAGGAAUUUUUUCUUUGUUGAGAAUGAAACAAAGACGAUAUAGAUGUGAAGAGGAUGAAGGUAGUAUCGCAGCUGAUGCUCUUUAUGGUAAUAAUGUUUCGAUGGAUCGUCAGAAAACAACAAAAACGUUAUCGACGAACAAAGGUUCUGCAAGUAAAUCGACUCAGGACGGGAAUUUGGCAGUUCUAUACGAUUACGAUCAAAUAGCGAAACAAGCUCGAGCUAUGAGUCCAGGCUUGAAGGUGAGAAGAGCUCCGGCUGUGUUACAACCACCCACAAUGGUGUAAUCGAUUGAGACAUUCGUUUUUCGAUUAAAUUCUUCAAUAAAUACCUUAUAUAUUGUAGUUAUGAUAUUUUAUUUUUAACAAAACAAUGAGUAUUUCAAAUAUAAAAGGUGUUUAUCGAAGAAUUGCAGUUAUUUGUAAUCGAGUUUUUAUGUUUUUAAAAGAAAGACUUUAUUAAGAAAAAGUUUUUAAUAUCAAUGUACAAAGGAAUAUAUUCGUACGAAGGAAUAUAUCGUAUAUUUUUUGUAAUCUAUUGUCAAAAAUAAAGUUUCCUUCUGGAAAUUAAUGAA